AUGGCUCACCUCGACCCUCUGCCGCACGAGCUCGCCCAGCUAGCCUCGAAGCAGUCACUCGCACUCUCGCACGACCUCGCAACCCUCGACGAGCUCAUCGCGCGCCUCUCGCGCGCCAGAGACCGCCUCGACCCCCACUCGUCACCCGACGACGCACACUCGCUCGCAGAGAGCACCGUGGCGGAUGAGCUGUUGCAGUUGAGCUCGUAUGUCAAGAACACGGCGUACAGGGACGCGGACAAGGCCCACAAGGAGUGGAGCAGCGCCGUGAGCAGGCUCGGAAAGACUGUCGACAAGAAAUUCAGCGGCCCGCCCGCUCCACUGUUCCCGCCCGCACCCGUUCCCGCAACUCCCUCUCCCUCGACUUUCUCUCCUUUCUCCUCCUUCCCUCACUUCGCUGCCUCCUCCACCACACCGACACCCGUCUCCUCCACCCCAUCCGACCCGACGCCCUUCGCCUCUCCCUCAGCGCACUCCGCCCUAAACUCCACAAUCGCAACACACCUCGCUCGCUCCGGCUCGUUCGAGACGCUCGAUACGUUCCUCCGUGAGUCGGGGACAGCAAGACCGCCUGAGUUGAGCGACGAGGUCGUGCAGAAUUUGAAGGAGCUGAGAGAGGUCGUGGAGGAUGUGAGGAGGGGGAAAGUGCAACGGGCGUUGGAGUGGGUUGCGAAGGCUCAGGCGGAGGAGGAGGCACGCGAGGGUGGAGGAGUACCUGGCGAAGCGGACGGGCUGGAGGAACUGGAGUACCGCUUGCGGAAGGAGGAGUUUGUGCGUAUCGUGUUGGCGGGGGAGGCGGAGGCUGCGACGAAGCGCGAGGCUGCGAUGGUGGGCGAGCCAGAACACGCCGGUGACGCGGCGAUGGACACGGACGAGGCGCCUCCACCUGCUGGCUUCGGUCGCCGCAAGUCGUCCGUCCUCUCGACCACAUCGUCCCUCUCGCUCGUCCGGCAACCUCCCUCUGCCCUUCCCGGUCCCGCGCCCCCUACGCACGUUCAACACGCACUCUCCAACGGCGGCCUUCACUUCCGGCGCUUUAUCGCCUCCUCCUCUCACCCCUCGCGCGCAACCGAAAUCUGCGCCCUCUUCACCAGCACGAUGUACCUGCCGCUCUCUCGUCUCGCCUCGACGCCCUACGCACCCAUCUACGCUCCUUACCUCCUCCCUCCUCCCGCCGUUCCAAGUCCAACUGAAUCCUUGCUCGCGCUCUUUACAUCCCUCUUCCUCGCCCGCCUGCCACACAAACUCCCUCGCGACGGUCCGCUCAAGGUCGUUACGGACGUGGGUGGGUCAGGAGCGUUGGCGAAGAUUAUGAAAGUGCGAGCGGUGAUGAAGGAGAAGAAGACCGAGUGGAGCGCGGUGGGCGAACUUCCCGUCGAGAUCCCCCUCCCCCUCUCCUACCGCUUCCACUCGAUCUUCUCGUGCCCCGUCUCGAAAGAACAGUCGACGCCGCAGAACCCGCCGAUGCUCCUUCCGUGCGGACACGUCAUUGCGAGGGAGAGCCUGGUCAGGCUCGCGAGGGGGACGCCAACCCUCAAAUGCCCCUACUGCCCGGUGGUCUCACACUUCAACUCGUGCGUGCGCGUCUACUUCUGA